AUGAACAUCACUAACUGUACCACAGAAGCCAGUGUGGCUGGGAGAGCCAAGACCAUCACUGAGAAGAUGCUCAUCUCCAUGACCCUGGUCAUCAUCACCACCCUGACCAUGUUGCUAAACUUGGCCGUGAUUAUGGCCAUCUGCACCACCAAGAAGCUCCACCAGCCUGCCAACUACCUGAUCUGUUCUCUGGCCGUGACAGACCUCCUGGUGGCAGUGCUAGUCAUGCCCUUGAGCAUCAUGUACAUUGUCAUGGACAGCUGGAAGCUAGGGUACUUCAUCUGCGAGGUGUGGCUGAGUGUGGACAUGACCUGCUGCACCUGCUCCAUCCUCCAUCUCUGUGUGAUUGCCCUGGACAGGUACUGGGCCAUCACCAAUGCUAUUGAGUAUGCCAGGAAGAGGACCGCCAAGAGGGCAGGACUGAUGAUCCUCACGGUCUGGACGAUCUCCAUCUUCAUCUCCAUGCCCCCUCUGUUCUGGAGGAGCCACCGCCAACUCAGCCCGCCCCCCAGUCAGUGCACCAUCCAGCAUGACCAUGUCAUCUACACCAUUUACUCCACUCUUGGGGCAUUUUAUAUCCCCUUGACUUUGAUACUGAUUCUCUAUUACCGGAUUUACCACGCAGCCAAGAGCCUUUACCAGAAAAGAGGGUCAAGCCGGCACUUAAGCAACAGAAGCACAGACAGCCAAAAUUCAUUUGCGAGUUGUAAACUUACACAGACUUUCUGUGUGUCUGACUUCUCCACCUCAGACCCUACCACAGAGUUUGAAAAGUUCCACACCUCCAUCAGGAUCCCGCCCUUUGACAAUGAUCUAGAUCACCCGGGAGAGCGCCAGCAGAUCUCUAGUACCAGGGAGCGCAAGGCAGCGCGCAUCCUGGGGCUGAUUUUGGGUGCAUUCAUUUUGUCGUGGCUGCCAUUUUUCAUCAAAGAGUUGAUUGUAGGUCUGAGCAUCUAUACCGUGUCUUCUGAAGUGGCCGAUUUUUUUACAUGGCUUGGUUAUGUUAAUUCUCUGAUCAACCCUCUGCUCUACACCAGUUUUAAUGAAGACUUUAAGCUGGCUUUUAAAAAGCUCAUUAGGUGCCGAGAACAUACUUAGGUUGUAAAAAACCAAAAGGCAUGAAUUUGACCAGCCUCCUGCGUGGACGGGGUUAAUUCUUGAACAUUGUUGGUUCAGGAGAGUUUGUAAGUAUGUGUGGUCUUGUUUUAUUCGUUUGUUCUGUUUUGUUUGAGGCUUGUUAUUUGGUGUGCUGUUUUCUACUUCUGGUCUUGUUUGUGGUACAUAAUUUCAAAUAAACAUUAUCAUACAAAAACAGAUAUUUCAUAAAAGUAAUAAUAAAGUGAACUAGUAAAUA